GCAUCCUCCGAUCAGUGCGGCAGGAGCAGCGCAGCGAGGAGACGCCGCGGAGAGGGAGAAGGCAGAAGGGCGCAAACUGUUCGGCGAGAAAGCCAGGGGCAACAUGGACCCACACGGGCUCUUCGGCUCGUGUGUGAGCGCGUCCUGUGGCGUCGGACUGUGACCGCACAGCUGCCCCGUCACGUCGGCCUGAGGAUAAUAAAAGAACCGACCAGGGAAUGGAGGAAAUGUUCCGAAACCCCUGUUCCCAAACUGCGCCGCGCCGUCAGGGCUAGAGGAUAUCACUAGGACAGAAGGACAGAAAGCGGGAGGAUGGCGCUCACGUCUCCGAGGAGCUCCCUGUGAAACUCGUCGAGCCGAAGCUCAAAGUUUUUGGGUUUUUUUGGGGGGGGUCGGGGACAAGGGGAAUUUUUUUUUUCCCUUUUUUUUUUCUGCAUUGGAAUUCCUCUGGACGCGAUGUCAUCCGCAGUCGGGAGGAAUUCCUCUGGCUGACUGCUCCUCCUCCCGACACGGAGACGAUGGGGGACGCGGCGGACGAGCGGGGGACGAGGCGGACCUUCAUCGUCCCCGCCAUCCGCGGCUUCGAGCACUACGACUUCACCAGGGCCAAGGUCUCCUGCAGCCUGACGUGGCUGGUGGCCAAGGCGUUCGGCUCGGAUGCAGUACCAGAGGAGCUGGUCGAGCCUUUCUACAGGGACCAGUACAACCAGGAGCACCUCAAGCCUCCGGUGGCCUGCCUGCUCCAGUCUGCAGAGCUCUACUGCCGGGCGGGGAGCCUGAUCCUCCGCAGCGAUGCCGUCAAACCUUUGCUGGGACACAACGCUGUCAUCCAGGCCCUGGCCCAGAAAGGCCUGUACGUCACCGACCAGGACCGACUGGUCACAGAAAGAGACCUGACCAGCACACCCAUACUCAUGAGUUCCCAUCUGGCGCUCAUAGAUACCCUGAUGAUGGCGUACACAGUGGAGAUGAUGAGUGUGGAGAGGGUGAUGUCCUGCAUCAACAGAUACUCCUCCGCUGAACCCUCACACGGUGACGGGCACGUCCAGGAGCUGCCUUAUGACACCGAGGAUGCAAUCACCACCUGGAUCAAUAAGGUGAAUGAACACCUGAGGGACAUCCUCUUGGAGGAGCAGAAGCUGAGAGAGACUUCCUGUCAGGAGUCAAACACAGUAACACACAAAUCUCCCAGCAAAUGGUACUGGAGAUUAGUACCUGCUCGCUACAGGAGGGAGCAUGGCCAGCAACGGAGCGCUCCAUCGCUCCCCCUGGUGGACAACCUGCUGAAGGACAACACAGACGGCUGUGCCCUGACCGCCUUGCUGCACUUCUACUGCCCACAGGCCAUCAGACUGGAAGAUAUCUGCCUCAAGGAGACCAUGUCACUGGCUGACAGUUUGUACAACCUCCAGCUGGUGCAGGAGUUCUGCAAGAACAACCUCAACCACUGCUGCCACUUCAGCCUGGAGGACAUGCUGUAUGCACAUGCAUCCAUAAAGAGUAACUACCUGGUCUUUAUGGCUGAGCUUUUCUGGUGGUUUGAAGUGGUUAAACCCUCGUUUGUUCAGCCCAGAGUCUUCAACACAAACGCUUGUGAGCCUGUAUCCUCUAAGAAUAUGGCUCCUGUAUCCAGUCCAGUCAAACAGAGCUAUGCAGACACACCUGAGAGCCCAGAGGACAUCCCUGUCGCGGGUGUAAUGAAGAGAUCUACCUCCAUGUCCUAUGUGGAUGGCUGUGUUGGGACAUGGCCCAAAGAAAAACGCUCCUCCGCUCAUGGGAUCUCCUUCGAGAUUCCCCUGGACGGAGACCCGAUGCUGCCUCCCUGUGAUACCCCCUCCCUCCGAGGUAUGACCCGAUCGGCCAGUAGUGACGGUCUUGGGUUCAAAGUUCACUAUGCAUCCCGAGGAGGCAUGAAGCGCCACCUCUCCCUCAUGCCUGUCAAUGUCAACGGCCAGGGCAGACACAUACAAGAGGAGGAUGAGGACUUCACCUCCCACAAACCCCUGGGGCGGAACAACACAUUCUCAAUCAAGAACCAAAGCAGGUACUCCAACGGAGUCCUCCCAGACAGCAACCACUGCUCCAAUCACCAUGGCAACCACAGCGGCCACAUCAGCCCAUCCACCCCUCCUAGCAUUGAGGAGGCCCUGAAAAUUAUCCAUGACACAGAAAGGCCUCAUGCUAGCCUGGGUGUGGGGGACGGAGACAAUGGCUUCUUUCUCCACGGUGCAGAGCCUUCAGACCCUCCAGGGGCCCAGGGUCAAGGAGACGACCUGGAUUCAGCAAAGGCUCGACUGAACGACCACGACCCCAACUCUGUGUCCACUGAUGAAGUUGACACGGGCAUCCAUGUGAGGACAGAGGACAUCCACAGCUUGGAUGAGGACUCCUCCUCACUGAGAGACUAUUCAGAUAUAGACCCAGACUUUGAGACCAUGACCAGGUCAUGCCCUCUGACUGACCGGCCAGAGAGGGAGAGGAGCAGGGAAGGAGGGCGCAAAGGGGUUGGUGACACUAAUCCUGAGAGUGAAAGGGGAAAUGGAGGUGACGGAAGCCACCCCUGCUCCAGCUCAGCAACCACACUCCCCAGAUCUCACACUGACAGCCCCGCCUCGUCCUCUGGUGGCUCUGGAGGAGGCAUGGUGCGGAUGACGAGCUUUGCAGAGCAGAAAUUCAGGAAGCUGGAGGGGAGGAGUAGUGGCGGAACCACGCCAGAGGGUACAGAUGUCAAUGUGCCAUACACACACUCAACUAAAAACAUUUCCUCUCAGAUCUCUACACCUCCUCUGCCAAUUACAUCUCCCUCCCCGGUAACGCCUUCUCCCAGAGACCCGUCCCACAUUAUAGCCUCAGAGAUGAUUCAACUGAGGAUGAAGCUGGAAGAGAAACGCAGAGCCAUUGAAGCCCAGAAGAAGAAGGUGGAAGCAGCUUUUACUCGCCAUCGCCAGAGGAUGGGCAGAACAGCCUUUCUGAACGUUGUGAGAAGGAAAGGAGUGACUGCCCCCCUUAACCCCAGCUCAGGGGGAGAAACACCUUCCCCAGAGGCCUUCACAUCCUUAAAGGAACCCGGCCAGGGCAGCAUGGAUCGGGCAGAGAGGUGCAAACCAGAUGGAGCAGCGCCGAAAUCCCCCUGUGAAGACAGUGGAGCUGUGGCUCCAGGAGAAGUCGACCUCGCCGAAUACACACGCUCCAUUGAGAGGCUGAACACGUCACUGGGCUUCAUGCAGACAGAAAUGCAGCGUUUGGCCCAGCAGCAGGAGAAGAUCAUGGCCAUGAGAGAUCAGCAACAACAAGCCUGGGUCAUUCCUCCUCCCGCUCCAUCUCCACACAGGCAGCUCCGUGAGUUGCGCAGUAGCAGCGUAACAGGCCGAGGCUCAGUUGGGUCUUUGUCUCCCAUCCUGUCUUCUUCUGGCUCUCCACGCGCUCCCAAUCAUUCGCCCGCUGGCAUCAAGAGGCGGCCGGCUUCCUUCCAUGCCAGGACGCCCCGGACUCCACGACCAAAUGAUCUGAAAGUCACCCCCUUCAGCCGAAUGCUCAACACACCCACUUCAGUGGACAGCCUACCCAGACUGAGGCGUUUCUCUCCCAGCCAAAGCCAGAUCAGCUCUUUUGCCUACUUGGGCAAUGAUGAGGGGUCUAGGGAAAGAAAGAACCAAGAGGCCAAGGACAACAAAGAGAACACUAAAGACAAAGACGAGACAGUGGCAAAGAAGAGUGCUGGCAAAGAAACGGCCAAAGAGAGGGAAGGUGAGCAACAGGAGGAGAAGAAAGGGGCCAAACAGGCUCAGUCAAAGGGUGAGGUCAAACGAUCAAGGACAUCGGAGGUGUUAUCUCAGCCGGUGUCUGAGAUCCAAGUGGCCUCAGGCAGCCGGGUCAAAGGAGACACUCAGGACAGGAGAGACCUGGUGGAGGUUCCUCUGUCUGGGCUGAAUCCUCCAGGGGGCCACAGCCAGGAGGUGACUACAGAGGGAGAAACCGGAGGGCACGAUCAGAAGAUGUGCUGUGGAUUCUUCUUCAAGGACGACGUGAAAGGGGAAGAGGACAUGGCAGCAAAGAAAGCAGCACUGCUGGAGAAGAGGCUGAGGAGGGAAAAGGAGGCUCAGGAGAAGAAGCAACAGCAGGAGCUGGACCAGGAGCAGAAGAAGGAAGAAGCACGGCUGAAAGCGGAGGAGGAGCAGCAGAAGAAGGAUGACGAGAAAGCCAGGAGGGACUACAUCAAGAACGAAUAUUUGAGGAGGAAGCAGCUAAAGCUGAUGGAUGAUAUGAACGAAGUCAUCAAGCCUCGAUCUGGAAGCCUCAAGAAGAAGCCACGUCCCAAGUCCAUCCACAGGGAUGUCGUGGAGUCAUCUACCCCCCCUGUGAGAGCAACAGGGGUUCGUCCUCGAGGCUUCUCAGUGUCUAGUGUGUCUUUGGCGUCUCUCAAUCUGUCUGACAACAAUAGAGUCCAGCCGGAUAACAGGAAGAACAACAGAGGCAAUAAAAUAGCUUCUGCACAUGUCGCGUUCUUUCUAAGCUCCCCCAAAGAAAGAAAGGGAAGGCCGGACUCUGCGGAGGGUUUUUCUUCUUGUCCUUCGGCUGGUAGUCGGAACGGAGAGAAGGAUUGGGAAAAUGAUUCCACCACCUCCUCAACUCCCUCCAACACUGAGUACACAGGACCCAAACUAUACAAAGAGCCCAGUGCCAAGUCCAACAAGCACAUCAUCCAGAAUGCUCUGGCCCACUGCUGCCUGGCUGGCAAGGUCAACGAAGGGCCGAAAAACAAGAUAAUUGAUGAAAUGGAGAAAUCCGAAGCCAAUAACUUCCUGGUUUUGUUCCGCGACGCUGGAUGCCAGUUCAGGUCUGUGUACACCUACUGCCCCGAGACCGAAGAGAUCACCAGACUAGCAGGCAUCGGGCCCAGGAGCAUCACGCCCAAGAUGAUCGAGGGCCUCUACAAGUACAACUCUGACAGGAAGCAGUUCAGCCAGAUCCCAGCCAAAACCAUGUCUGCCAGUGUGGACGCCAUCACCAUCGCCAGCCAUCUGUGGCAGACCAAGAAGCAGGGGACGCCCAAAAAACUGCACACCAAGUAGCGCCGUAUGGCUUUUGCAACAUUUGGACAUGCGUCUCUGGGAAUAUCGUGGAAGAAUUUGUGGAUUUUACUAUUUCAUUAAAGGGACAUGUAUCAUAAAGUACAACUGGAAUGUAGAACACAAGUGGGCUUCUCCGACGUCGUGGCUGCAUUACAGGGCUGACUGUUACACUCUGGACUACUUACAAGGGGCACAAGUGUGUACUUGUCAGCAUGUGUAUCAA